AUGACUUCUUCCUCUCCUUCGAACAAGAACACUUCUACGAAGAGCAACAACGAGCAAAAGAAAAAGCAACGAGUGGAGAUUCAAAAAAAAGCAUCCUUUGGUAAUUCUUUAAUCGCGUCGAAGGAGUACAAACCCGGGGACAUCAUCUUGAGAGAGGCGCCGUUCGCGUUCGGCGAAGGCGAGGAAGAUCCGGAGUGCUAUUUUUCAUUCAUACAAAGAGCGAUUGGGAAAACGAUACAGACGAUAAAAAAAACAGAUUUACGAGGCAACACUUUCAGGGACGAAAAAAUGAGGCAAAUGAAACGAACUUUCGCGGAUUUAACGGUGAUGCGAGAAUUAGAUUACGAUCGAGCAAUAUUAAGGGACGAGUUGAUCGCGAAUAAGUUUUAUACGAGCAUGAGAGGACAUUCGAUUUUAGACGGCGGAUUCGAGGUGGACGAUAUCGUCGGGAUCGUGAAUAGGUGCACGUUGAAUUCUUUUCGAGUGAAAACGCUGACGAGAAAAGAUGUGGUCAUGUUGACGCCUCAGGUAUAUAGGAACAUGGAUGCGGCGGAUUUGGUGGAUGCAUACAUAGAGAUUGGGGAGGAGAAGACGCUAGCGGUUGGGGUGUUUAUCAUGGCGAGCGCGGUGAACCACUCGUGUUUGCCAAACGCGUUUGCAAGUUUUAGCGGAGAUGAGGAAGAGGAGAGGAGGUUGGAAACAGAGCAGCAAAGACAACGAGAAGAAGAAAACGACGACGUAUUUUCGGCAAGAAGACAUGCUGGACCGUCCACCUCUCGGUCGGUGACGAGAAGCGAAACAGCUGAGAUUUUCACCACGAGCGAAGAACAGAAUAAAAUUACAAUCAGAGCGUAUAAACCAAUUCGAAAAGGCGAAGAGAUUACGGUCUCGUACGGGCCAAUCUUUCAUUCGGGCAACAUAGACGAACGACGGACAGAAUUGAAGCGAACGCAUCAAUUCAUCUGUCGAUGUCCGACGUGUCUUUCCGAAGCGGCGCAACUCGGCGCAGACAUGGAAUCGAAAAUGAUCGCCGCGAAACAAAAAGAGAAGGUCGUCGGGGAUUUAAUACAGAACUACGUGGAAAGUGGUAAAUACGAAACUCGUGAAGUUCUCGAGGCGCUGUCGAAUUUUAAAUUAGACAUUCGCAGAAUGCAAGUAUUCGGGAAAGCGUGCUUCGAUAUCGCCGCGCAGUUAGUCCAAGCCGAGCAGUUUGAGUACGCGUGCGAAUACCAAACGUUAGCGUUACACUCGUUGAUUUUACGGUGCGAAGGCAUCGACGAGGACGAUAUCAGCAUCGCUUGGGAAAUUUUGCGAUUACUAUUCGUCAAACGUUUGGUCAAAUAUCGAGGAGGAGACCAAGGAACGCAGCAAGAUAAACAAGCGCUCAACCCCGCAUUGGUCAUGAAAGACUCGGAUUUAAUCACUCGCGGUAAAAGGAUAUUGAAGAAGUAUUACGGAAAGAAGUAUCCGUACGAGCUGUUUUUGCAACAGUGCGCUAGAGAUCCUUUCGAGAUAGAAGAAGUGGCGACAAAAUGA